CUUUUGUUGUAUUUCGCAUAUAAUGUCAGUGUUUUAAAUGAGAAGAUGAUUAUGCCAUAUUGGAUGCAUUGGUUUUGGAUAACGUUUUUUGUAAUCAGCUCAAUUCAAGUGUCAAAUUCAUACCCUUCCUAUAAUUCCACAUACAAUAAAUCAACAACGCUAGAUGAUUCCAUUAUACUAUCAACAUCAACAAUUAAAUAUAACGAUGAUGAAUUACUACAUUCAAAUGCAACAACAACAACAAAUCAACAACAGCAAAAGAAUCGAUCCACAUCAGUGAUCAUCAAUAAUAAUGAGACAACGGUUAAAGAGACAAGAACACCCAAAGCAAUUGAUACAACAAUACCAAAGCAAUUACAUCAGAUUACUAUGACGAAUCCUGGAAAUAGUUCAACGGUGAAAAGUAAUGUGACGAAAGUUUUAUUGCACGAGAGUAUGGUGGUAGCGGAUCAAAAUGCUACCGGUUCAAUUCAACAUGAAGAUAUACGAAUGUUGAAUCAUUUUAAUCAUUCGGAAUUGAUUGAAUCAUUGUUGCCAAAUUCAACGUUUGGUAUUGCAGAUGGUAAUAAAACGUUAAAUGAUACUGUCUAUCAUGACGAAAUCAUUGCUUCAAAUACAACAGAUCCGUUAACAUUAUCGUUAGCAAAUGAUCAAAAACGUAAAGAAUUAAUAAUCGAUGAUAUCGAUGUAACGCCAACCGAUGAAAUUAAUGUACAAGAGAAAGUGGGUGCAUCAACCGAUAUCAUUGAAUCACGUGAGAAUCCAAAUUCAAUAUUUACAGUGGCAACAAUUACGGGUGCAUCGUUUGGAGUUUUAAUAUUUGGUGUAUUGAUUGGAGCAAUUAGUUUCGUUUUAUAUCGACGUAGAUAUUUAAAUAAACCACAAAGUUUGAAUGAUAAAAGUAGUAAUUUAGAUUCGAGUGGAUAUAUUGAUGAUAGUACAAUGCGGGAAAAUUCUGAAGAAAUGUACAGUUUGGACAAUGAUUCGUUCCUAAACAGCUUAGAAGCGAUGACGAUCCAAAACUAUUGGACCGAUAAUGUUAAACAUACAAAACUAUAACUUAUAUAGGUAUAUAAAAUUCCUUGAAUUAUAUUAAUGUUAAUUUUCUACCCCUCCGAUGAAUUUCACCCUCCCCCCCUCUCCUUCUCUUUAUAUCAUACACAAACUAACUUUUCACUUCACAAUAGGUAAACUA